GAUUUUUUAUAUUCAUUUUCAUCUGUUUAACGUUCCCACACGGAAACACUUGUAUAAGAGACUGCCCGUACUACGAACCCAUACGUUUCCAGGUGAUAGUCGACGGGGAGAACACGAAGGAGCCGUUCUCUAUUCACAGUCGCCCAUGUUCUUUGUUUGGUACGUUCCACACCUCCCCCAUCGAUCAGCUGUGAGCUGAACAAAAACAUCAGAACUGCUGGAAGUGAACCUGUGCUGCGGUACAGUGCGGGGACAGGACACCGGAGCUCUUACCCUCGCCGCCAGGGGGCGCUGCACUCAGGGGAGAAUAUACUUCUUUAGGACCUUCGGAACCGGCCAGCACUCGAACACCUGACUGACACCCGUCCUGAUUACCAGCCAGUGCCCUCGGAUUGUUGCUCUGUAAAGUGACAGAUACUAAAAUGCCAUUUAGUGAUGAUAAAUCCUUUGGAAAUGAGGACCGGAUGAGCGAUUCUGAUGGAUCACGCCUGUCGGAAAGUAUGGCUUGUUCCUCCAGUGACAGCGAUUCUCCCAGGGAAAGUUUUACCAGCGACACGUCCAGCAAGCACGCUUCUCCUGUGUCAAGCCCACCAAGAACAACAUCCUUUGAUGAAGUUAUGUCAACCACAAGGAACUUGUCCAACUUAUUAUUAGCCCAUGAAAUUGUGGCUAAUAAAAACUUUAAUCUUGAUACCAUAGAUCCCCCCAAAAAUAGUUUGGAAGGACGCGUAAAGCAGAUUGUCCACAAAGCAUUCUGGGAUUGCUUGGAGUCAGAUCUUAAGGAGGAUCCUCCAGUGUAUGAACAUGCCAUCAAGCUUUUUGAUGAGAUAAAAGAGAUUCUCCUUUCCUUCUUAACUCCUGGUACAAACAGACUUCGGACCCAAAUCUGUGAAGUUCUAGACGUGGACCUGCUAAGACAACAGGCUGAACACAAUGCUGUUGAUAUUCCAAAGCUUGGCAGUUAUAUCAUCAAUAUAAUGUCGAAGUUAUGUGCCCCUGUUAGAGAUGAUGACGUUAAAAAGCUGAAAGCCAGCGGAGACAUUGUACAAAUGCUGAGGGAUGUCUUCCAUGUGCUAGACCUCAUGAAAAUGGACAUGGUGAAUUACACUAUCCAUAACAUUAGACCACAGCUUCAACGCCAGUUAGCAGAAUAUGAGAGAGUCAAAUUCCAGGAAAUACUUGAAAAAUCCCCCGAUGCACUGAAUCAAACCAUCAAAUGGAUUGAGCAGUCUAUGAAAGAUGCAGUAGAGGCAAAAGCUGAAGAGGGCACAUCCAGUGCAAAUGGAGUGUCUGUGGACAACCUGAGCCCUACCUUGGUGCUGAACAGUGGUUUUGUAAAACUUCUACAUAUGGACUACAACAGCUUUGUGCCAGAGACAGUCAUCACGGAUGACCUGCGUAUUGUAGACUUAAAGAACAAGCUGCAUCAAGUUAAACUGGUAGCAUGUGUAUGUCUUAUUACCCAAAAUGCAAUGGGCCCUGUAAGCACUACUGGAUUUAUUGAAGAAGUGAAAGAAAUCGCAGCCAUUCUCCUUCAAGACCUAAACAAAACAACUAAUUUGAAGGAGGCUCUUACUGCAAUGAGCACGAAAAUAUCCUUUCAGAUGAACAAAUCACUGACGGAAAGAGAAUUACCUGCACUUAGCGCUGAGGCUAAAAGUAACCUGGAAGGACAAAUCUGCAGCCUUACUGAGAAAAGCCACCCUAUCUACAACAUAGUUGAAAAACGGAUCCAAGAGUACUUGACCACAUUUCUUUGUCUUCCCUACCCAUACAAACAUGUUCCUGUACUUCCUGGUGGUCUUACACCUGUCCGUAAGGAGAUGGAGUUCAUUGGAUUCCACUAUGCGAGCAUUGUGAAUUUCAACAAGCAGGCGUAUGGACCGUUCUACGCAAAUAUCUUUCGGAAGCUGCUUUUCAGUCAGCCACAAGGAGGGAAAGUAGAGGCCCAGGAGUAGACAGGACAACCAUUAAAUAACUCCACCCCUUGU